CAGGUAGACAGGAAAAGGCCAGCGAACUUUUGAAUCUCAUGUCCUGUUUGGCCAGUGUGGCGAUCUGCAGGUGAGUGCAGAUCUCAUGAGCAGAGGUGACCAUGACGGAGUCCCAGAAGUGCAAAAGAGCUCCAGCAUGGACUGAACAGGAGGUACAGGAUCUGAUCACUGUAUGGGGAGACGAAUCCAUACUAUCAGAACUCCAUUCCAAAAGACGAAAUGCCCAAACAUUUGAAAAAAUCUCAAAGGGCAUGAAGGAUAGAGGCUAUAACAGGGACCCGCAGCAGUCCUGCGUGAAACUUAAGGAGCUGAGGCAAGUCCACCAAAAAACCAGAGAGGCAAACGGCCACUGCUGGUCAGGGCCCCAGACAUGCUGCUUUUAUGAUGAGCUGCAUGCCAUUCUAGGGGGUGCCGCUACAACAACCCCACCCCUAUGCUUUGACUCCAUCAAUGGAGUGGCAUGCAACAGGGAUGCGGAUUUGGGGACAAGGAAGAUGAGGAGGUUGAAGAUAGCUCACAGCAAAGAAAUGGAGAAACUGUUUUCCCUGACAGUCAGGAACUGUUUCUCACCCUGGACCUGGAGUCAGUACCCCCCGAACCCACCCAAGGCUGCCUCCCAGACACUGAAGGUGGAGAAGGGACCUCUGCUGCAAAUGUUUCUCCUUCCUUGAGGCUAGCGAAGAUUAGAAGGUGAAAAAAACGCACUCACGAUGAAAUGUUCUCUGAGCUCAUGCAGUCCUCCCACACUGAAAGAGCCCAGCAGAAUGCAUGGAGGCAGACAAUGUCAGAGUCCAGGAAAGCACAAUAUGAAUGCAAGGACAGGUGGUGGGCUGAAGAUGAUAGGUGGCGUCAGGCUGACGCUGUCAGCUUGGUGACAGAAGGCAAGAGGUAAUGCUGAGGCUACUGGAGGAACAAACUGACAUGCUCCGGCAUAUGGCUGAGGUUCAGGAAAGGCAGCUUGAGCAUAGACCACCGCUACAGCCCCUGUGUAACCAACCACUUUCCUCCCCAAGUUCCAUAGCCUCCUCAUCCAGAUGCCCAAGAACGU